AAAAUGGCGACGUGCUUGGUAGUUAUCUCAUUCAUGGAAUAGGUUAUACAACACAAGUCAAAAUAUUUAAAACAAUAACUAAAUAAACCGAUUUGUCAAAGUUACGAAAACAAUACUAUGAUUACGUUGAAAUAACGUAUUACGUUUUGACGCCUUUAAUGUUAUAUUGAUCGACGAAUUCGUGGAUAAUGGCUGAAAAUGCUGUUCAGUGCGACGACGAGUUUUUACAUUCCAUCAAAACACUUCUUUGGGGUAAUGCUGUCAAGGAAGAUGUUUUUAAACGCUGGGCCCAAGGUUUCUAUUUUAGUCCAGAUGAACCCACAGCAUUAAUACAAGCAGAAGGUGGUCCGUGUGCAGUGAUAGCCCCUGUUCAAGCUUUCAUCUUAAAGCAGUUACUCUCUGAGACAGACAUUUCAACCUGGAGAAGUAUAAAUUUAGACAAAUGUUAUCAGCUUCUUGUGCGAGCUUCUGUUGAAAUUCUAAAACAAGCUGCAGGAGACAAAGGUCCAAAAUAUUCUGUUAUCUAUAUGGAAUGCAAGGUUCCAAAUGAAACAAGCGAAGAAGAACCUAGGUGGUCGAAGAAAGUGUCAAAAAAAGGAAGCGAGGAAGAAGAAGCAAAUGCAGAUAACCAAGAAGUCAUUAAAACGAGGGACAAAACAUUAGCAAAGGAAAUCAAUGAGGAUCUUAAAAGCAUACACCCAGAUGUCUUUCAUUCUCAAUUGAGGUUAUUUACAACGAAUAUCUCGGAACAUGUGGAAGAAUUCUUAUCAGAGAGGUUGGAAAUGUUGAAAGACCGAUAUGGUGUCUUAUUGCUUCUUUACAGCGUAAUUGUUACAAAAGGUAUUACCGAAAUUCAUGUGGAAAUGUCGGAUCCUUUAGAGGCAAUGAUUGAUGCAACAUAUGGUUACGGAAGUCAAAGUCUUAUAAAUUUGAUACUCACUGGCAGGGCAGUCAGCCACGUAUGGGAUUAUGAUCAAACCAUUGGAGACCUCAAGUUACGAGGGAUAGACAAGCAGAAUUCUGUUGGAUUUCUUGCACUUCUCGAACAUUUACGUUACUUUGAAGUGGGAACGUUCUUAAAGUCUCCAUCGUAUCCUGUUUGGGUGUUGGGUUCAGACACGCACUUGAGCGUACUUUUCUCUUCCGAGAAGAGAUUGGUGAGUCCCGAAACACCUGCUGAACAAGCUAAAAGGGUUUUCCGAAAGUUCGAUCACGAAGGAAAUAAUUUCAUUCCUGCUAAUUUACUGCAAGAUGUUCUUGCUGAACUGGGAUUAGUCGCAGAUGCAGAAUACGUCGACAUAAUGAGGAAAAAAUUGGAUAGUGAAAAUUUGGGAAUUAUUUUACGUUCUUCAUUUAUGGACGAAUUCUUUCCCGAAGAAACAAGAACUUGUCCUGACAUAUUUCCCUUAUAUCAUUAUAAUGGUCUUCAACGUAGCAACUACGAAAAUAAAGUGAUAUAUCGCAAAGGUCAAGCGGUAUUAUUAGAAUGUACUAUUAAGGGCAUUUUGGAAAGCAAUCCCAUGCUGACGGUACUUCAAACAAAGUGGCCCAGAAUUGAAGUUCAGUGGGAUGGUGAACAGACUCCGAGCCUUAAUUAAUAAGUGUUGCUCAAAUGGUAUUUUUAACGAUAUUGUUGGAAUUCCUGGACGCGGAAACCAGUGACUAAAUUAUAAAAUGAUUCGAAAAUAAGUGCUAUACUUAUGACUACACGGAACUUAAACAGGAAGAUGUCUUUGUGUUUAACGAAGCUAGAGGUGUUCAGUUAUAGAACUAAUUUACAAUGAAAAGGACUUGUUAAAGAUAUUUAAUACUAAUUAGAUAUUAUUUUUUAAUUUUUAAUUAUCAAAAUUCAAUAAAUUUUAAUAUGUCAUUGCCACUGAAAAUUCAAAUGAUUUGAAUAUCAUGGAAUGAUUUCAGUUAU